AUGACUACCUUUGUGGCCUCUUUACAUCUUCCAUACACCGUCCAGUUUGACAAUGAGCCUGACGCGCUCAAUUACAAGUCUCCAUUUGGAUCUCCCCAGCAAGCUCGGGAAAGGCCUUCGGAUUCGGCAGCUUCCAAGAGCCCUCCCCGCAUGAAACUUUCAACAGUCCGCGUGGAUCCACCCAGAUUUGAGACGCCAGCUCUGAUCCCCAAUCUUUUGCAAACUCUUGGACGAUCCCUGACUUCCACGAACGAGCCUACCCCUCCAUUGACUCCAACUGCUUCUGGAAGUCCUACAAGUGAGGAACUCUUCUUCAAGCUUGCCCAUUCUGAGAAUGCGCCUCUGGGUUCCCCCAGCGAGCCUUCCUUUACAAGAAAACUCAACCAGCCUAAAUCUCGUCCACGGAGCCCCCCAGGUCCCGCUGAAAUAAGUGAAGAUGCCCAGGGCCCAGGUGACGGAUACUUUGCUCUCCCACCAGCACCUACGCGACACCGCGAGAAACGCCGUUCAUCGGCCUCGGAAAGACCAUUUAAGGGCAAAACUUGGCACAUAGAGAGGACAGACCAAGGAAACGGAGGAUUGAAAAAUGCGGUCGAAGCUGCAAUUGCCAAUGGAACUUUACAUGACAAGACCUGGGUAGGGACUUUGGGUUUCCCUACUGACAGUCUUGAUGAGAGUGUCAAAGUUGCAAUCGAGGGGCGUCUUCGGGAAGAUUGUGACUCAAUUAUAGCUUUCCCCAGCGACAAAGAUUUUGAUGGCCACUACAACCAUUAUUGCAAGGAAAUUCUUUGGCCGGUUUUCCAUUACCAGAUUCCCGACCACCCCAAGAGCAAGGCUUUCCUGGAUCACUCGUGGAAGUAUUUCGAGGCAGUUAACCGUUCCGUUGCCGAUGUCAUUAUCAAAGAUUACAAACGUGGCGACACUGUCUGGGUACAUGAUUAUCAUCUUCUCCUGGUUCCCAUGAUGGUGCGCGAGGCGCUUGGCCCUGACGCUAAAAUCGGAUUCUUCCUUCACGUGGCUUUCCCAUCAUCCGAAAUCUUCCGUUGCCUGGCCCAUCGCAAGCAACUUCUGGAGGGAAUGCUUGGUUCGACGCUUAUAGGAUUUCAAACAGAGGAAUACGCGCGCCAUUUCUUACAGACUUGCAGCAGGCUUCUAUGCUUGGAGGCCAGAAACGACGGCGUUCAGUUGGACAACAGGUUCAUUACAAUCUCCAUCUCGCCAAUUGGUAUUGAUCCAAUCCAACUGGACCAGAAGCGGAAGGAGGAGAAAGUAAUGGAGUGGCUGGAAGCACUCAAGACGAGAUAUGCUGGCAAGAAGCUUCUUGUUGCCAGAGACAAGUUGGAUGGUGUCAGAGGAGUUAGGCAAAAGCUGUUGGCGUUCGAGUUGUUCCUCAAGAAACACCCAGAGUGGGUUGGAAACGUUGUGUUGAUCCAGGUCGCCCUGACAACAACCUCGAUUGUGGAACUUCAGUCCACUGUCAUCGACAUCGUCACCCGUAUUAACUGCGCAUAUGCAACCCUUGAUUACCAGCCCGUUGUGUACUUGCAUCAAGACAUCAGUUACUACCAGUAUCUCGCUCUUCUUACCAUCGCAGAUGCACUUGUUGUUACUAGUCUCCGUGAUGGUAUGAAUCUCACAAGUCAUGAGUACGUUUACUGUCAGGAUCAAACCCAUGGCCCACUUAUUCUCAGUGAAUUCACUGGGAGCGCUUCCAUCUUCAACGGCGCCGAGAUAUCUGUGAAUCCAUGGGACCACAGCAGGUGUGCAUCGGCUUUGUACCAGGCCCUUACGAUGGAUCCGGCUGAGAAAAAGCACCGCUGGGAUAAGCUCUACAGUGCCGUAAUGCAUCACACUGCAUCUUAUUGGCUGACAACGUUUUUGGAUGAGCUGGAGCGUGCAUGGGUCGAGCAGCAACGUUGUGGAUCAACUACAAUUCCGAGGCUGUCAACAAAGUCUCUUGUGGAUGCCUACGAGAAUUCAAAUAAGAGGGUAUUCUUAUUGGAUUAUGAGGGGACGUUGGCAUCUUGGGGAUCCCCAACAAGCAUUAUUCUCACGAGUCCCCAACGUACCCUUGAUGUGUUGCAUGACUUAUUACUGGAUGAGAGGAAUAUCGUUUAUAUUAUGAGCUCCAGAACCCCAGAGGAACUCGAGCGCCUUUUCCACCGAGUCCCAGACAUUGGCCUCAUUGCCGAAAGCGGCUGCUUCAUGCGCAAGUUUAAGAGUGGUCAGUGGACUCGUGUGGCUGACGAGCAACUCCCAUGGAAAAAGUCAGUCAGGGAAAUCCUCGAGUAUUACGUCGAGCGUACACCUGGUACUUUUGUUGAAGAGCGUAACUGCUCAUUUAUUUGGCAUUAUGAAAAAUCCGAAGAUUCAACGCUUGCUGCUCGCCAGGCAGGAGAAUGCUGUAAUCACGUUAAUGAUUCUUGCGAAUCCUAUCGUGUUCAUGCUGUUCCCCUAGGUGGUACUGUUUUGGUAGAAUCUAGGGAUUGGACCAAAGCCACGGCAGCAAAAACCGUCUUAGAACUUACGGCCGAGGGUGGUUCCGCGGUGGACUUUUUGAUGGUUGUCGGAGACGGACGUGAUGAUGAGCCAGUUUUUAGCUGGGCUAACGAUCUGGCGACUGAUGGGGAGGUUAAGAGCGUUACCACAGUAAAAGUGGGGACAAAAAAUACACAAGCCAACGCAACGAUCACAGGUGUCGCAGGUGUAAUUGCUGCCUUGCAGAAACUGGCUACCAUAAUCCCGAACUAG